AUGGUUGAUAACACAAGUUUAGCAACUAAAUCUGCUUUGCAAGACUCUUUCUCGUCCGCCAGCAGCCUUCCCCUCCAGGCUCCCUCCGCCUCCUCCCACAGCCUGUUCCCCGGCUCACAGUCCCAACAGCCCGGCAGCGGCGGCAUGAAGCUCGAGGCGGUCAUGGAGAACCUGCAGCGGCAACAGGCAGCACGGCUGGCCCUGGAGGAGAAGCUUCGGCAGGCAGAGAAGGAGAAAGAUCUCCGCUCCAUGGUGGAGUCCCAAAUACACCAACAAGCCCUGGCUUUCCGUCACUACCAGGCGGCGAUGCGAGGCGCUCUGGCCGCCGGAGUUGCCAACUCUUCCCCCGGGGUGACGCUUCCUCACAUGGAGGUCCGCAGAGCCGACGAGGACAGAAACUCUUCCAGAGCCGGCAGCGAUGAUAAGGAGCGGGAUGAUGAGGAAGAUGAUAUGGAGGAGCAGGAGGUAAUUGAUGAAGAGGAGGACGACGAAGACGAUAUCGGGUUGAACCACUACAAGCACCGGCAUUCCUCUCUCCAGGAAGCCUGCCUGUCUCCGAAGAGCGGCCCGAUGCAUCUCAUGGCCAGAGUCCCGGGGCCCUUCGCUCCGGCCCGCCGCGCAGAGUCCCCGUCGGCACAGCCGCAGUCCCAGCACCACGAGUGGACCUACGAGGAGCAGUUCAAACAGUCAGGCAGAGGCAGCGCGCUGGCGCAGAGGAAGCCGGGAAAUUCAAGUGGCGGUGGCAGUUCAGAGCCUCUGAUUCAGGAGUUGUAUGAAUUGGAUGAUGAUGUAAAGCGCAAAGAGUUUCUUGAUGACCUUUUCAGUUUCAUGCAGAAACGAGGGACUCCAGUGAAUCGGAUUCCUAUCAUGGCCAAGCAGGUGUUAGAUCUCUACAUGCUCUACAAGCUCGUCACCGAAAAAGGCGGCUUAGUGGAAGUCAUCAAUAAGAAAAUAUGGCGUGAGAUCACCAAAGGCCUUAACCUCCCUACCUCCAUUACCAGUGCUGCUUUCACUCUCCGAACACAGUAUAUGAAGUACCUCUACCCGUAUGAAUGUGAAAAGCGGGGACUGAGCUCCCCUGGUGAGCUUCAGGCAGCUAUUGACAGCAACCGGCGGGAAGGCCGUCGGCAGAGCUACGGCUCCACCAUCUUCAGCUACUCUCCUGUGGGCACCCCCACCCUCCUGUCUUCACCAAAGAUGCAGAUGUCCCACCUUUCUAUGCCCCAUCAUAACAGUGGCCAUAUCUCCCAGGUGUCUGUGAUCAAGAAAGAGGAGCCAAUGAUGGCUAGCUGCCUGCCCAGUCGGAUGGCCCUGCCCAUGUCUCCCAGUGGCCAUCAUGCUGCAGCUGUGGCUGCCCAGGCAGUAGCGGCUCAGGCUGCUGCUCAGGCUGCAGCAGCCGUUCAGGCGGCAGCUCUGGAACAGCUCAGAGAGAAGCUGGAAAGCGGUGAACCUCCAGAGAAGAAGAUGAUGAUGGUGGCAGAGGAACAGCAGAGGCUAAUGCAGCACGCACUGCAGCAGAACCUGCUGGCUAUGGCCACCCAGCUGCCCCUCAACAUCAAACUUAACAACAGAGGUGAGCUCUUGACAGAUGAUAGACAAGAAACCGCAUUGAACCUGUCUACCAACGGCAUUAGCAGCAUCAACAUGUCAAUAGAAAUAAAUGGAGUUGUCUACACAGGCAUCCUGUUUGCUCGGCAGUCGGCCAUAGCAGGGAUUACGGGACACCGUGGGAAGCACAGCAACUGUCAGACUCAGGGAAAGACAAGUCCCACACAGUUCCAACCGUCCUGCUCAUCUUCCUCCUCAUCCUCCUCCUCCUCUCUACACGGACACAGAAACUCCUCCCCGUGA